GAGGAUUCAUCCUGGCCUUGUGAAUGGGAGAGAGGGGGCAAGGUGGAAUGCAGAAAACUCACAUGUAAAAGAAUUUGGAAGUGGGAGGAUGACAUGCCAGAAGUAGGACAAGACAUGGAACUAGAAGUGGUACCUCUGCACCAGAAUCUACAGCUUCUCAACUUGGGAAGGACGAAGCUGGCUGGCGGGGGUGUGCCUCAGACCAGAAGUUGCCAAAACUUUUAGAAUUGUGCAUCGCAUCUUUUCUCCAUAAAACGUGGAUUGUGACACACACGAGGACCCAUACAGAGCCCGCGCCCGUUCCCGAGGCCCCGCCCCUCCGGCCCCGCGGGCCGCCCCCGACCCUUUGUGACGUCCGGGCCGCACCUGCUACUCCCUGUUUGUCGCCCGCGCCCCACCAGUCCUCUGGCUUGUCCGUUAGAGGCCGUUUCGGUCCGGGAAACGCGGGCGGAUCGCCUGGGGCCAUGAGGAAGCCGGCCGCUGGCUUCCUGGUCUCGCUCCUGAAGGUGCUGCUCCUGCCUCUGGCACCUGCCCCAGCCCAGGAUUCAAUUUCGGCCUCCACUCCAGGCAGCCCUCUCUCUCCCACCGAAUAUGAACGCUUCUUCGCACUGCUGACCCCAACCUGGAAGGCAGAGACAACCUGCCGUCUCCGUGCCACCCACGGCUGCCGGAACCCCACCCUGGUCCAGCUGGACCAAUAUGAAAACCACGGCUUGGUGCCCGACGGUGCUGUCUGCUCCGACCUCCCCUAUGCCUCCUGGUUUGAAUCCUUCUGCCAGUUUACUCAAUAUCGUUGCUCCAAUCAUGUCUACUAUGCCAAGAGAGUCCGAUGCUCCCAGCCAGUCUCAAUUCUCUCACCUAACAAUCUCAAGGAGUUAGACUCUUCUCCUGAAGUUCCGCCCACCACGAUGACCUCCCCCAUGUCAUCCCACGUCACAGCCACAGAGCGACCGUCCUUCCGGCCCUGGCCCGAGCGGCUUAACAACAACGUGGAGGAGCUGCUACAAUCCUCCUUGUCCCUGGGAGGCCAGGAGCAGGGCUCUGAUCGCAAGCAGGAGCACGGGCAGGAGCACAAGCAGGAGCAAGAGCAGGAACACAAGCAGGAGGAAGGGCAGGAGCAGGAAGAACAAGAGGAGGAGCAGAAGGAGGAGGGAAAGCAGGAGGAGGGACAGGGGACAGAGGAGACCCUGGAGGCAAUGCCUGGGCUGCAGACAGACUCAGAGCCCACGUUCCAGUCUGAAUCUUUAUCUUCCAACCGCUUCUCCUUCACUCCCCGGGUACGGGAAGUGGAGUCUACUCCUAUAAUGAUGGAGAACAUCCAGGAGCUUAUUCGAACAGCCCAGGAAAUGGAUGAAAUGAAUGACAUAUAUGAGGAGGACUCCAUCUGGAAAAACCAAAGCCCUGGCAGCCUCCUGCAGCUGCCCCACGUGGAGGCCUUGCUUGUGCUGUGCUACUCGAUUGUGGAGAACACCUGCGUCAUAACCCCCACGGCCAAGGCCUGGCAGCACUUGGAGGAAGAGACCCUUGGUUUCGGGAAGUCGGUCUGUGACAGCCUUGGGCGGCGACACGUACGUUCCUGUGACCUCUGUGACUUCUGCUCCCUGAAGCUGGAGCAAUGCCACUCGGAAGCCAACCUGCAGCGGCAGCCGUGUGACAACUCCCACAAAACACCCUUCCUCAGCCCCUUGCUUGCAUCCCAGAGCAUGUCCAUCGGCACCCAGGUACCUAGCCGGGCAGCCUGCUGUGGGGAAGGCCCCAGGCUCCAGGCAGGACUGGGCAGCGGGAAGGGAGGCCUGCAGGAGGGCAGGGGCGUGCACUUCUCCCCUGCCCCCUGUGCCACACAGACAGGGACCCCAAUAUCGGGCCGCUUUCGUGGGCUGGAUUUGUACGGUGGGCUCGGCAUGGACUUCUGGUGUGCCCGGCUAGCCACAAAGGGCUGUGAAGAUAAUCGAGUCUCCGGCUGGCUCCAGACUGAGUUCCUUAGCUUCCAGGAUGGGGAUUUCCCCACCAAGAUUUGUGACACAGACUAUGUGCAGUACCCAAACUACUGUGCCUUCAAAAGCCAACAGUGUCUGAUGAGAAACCGGAAUCAGAAGGUGUCCCGCAUGAGAUGUCUGCAGAAUGAGACUUACAAUAUCUUAAGCCAGGCCAAAAGUGAGGACCUUGUGCUUCGAUGGAGCCAGGAGUUUAGCACCUUGACUCUAGGCCAAGCUGGAUGAGCUGGGGUCUGUCCUGUCCCCACCCCAGCCCGACCCUUCCACAUCCUCCAUUGCUUUUAGACCCCAUCUGUCACUUUGCUUCGAGGCUGCCCCUUCUGGGUCUCUUACCUGGCCCCCACUCAUGUUUUCCUUGGGUUGGGGCAGCAGUCUCAGAGAGAUCCAUGAUGGGAACUCCAACCACCUUAAAGGAUGUCCUUACAUAAAGUGUUUAUUUUCAA